GAAAAACCAGGAAAAAUCUUCUUAUUGGACAUGGAUGUACGUUGGGGAUUCAAUCGGUUCAAAUUCAGGAUGAUGUUCAUGCUGGUUUGUUCACUGUUAGAUCAGAAUAUGAGCUUUUCCUUGUCUUUGAACAGUGAAGGUUUGGCUCUGCUGAGGUUGAGAGAGAGAGUGGUCAUCGACCCUUUUGGUGGUUUAUCAAACUGGAAGGAAAAUGAUGGAGAUAUUGAUCCGUGUUCUUGGUUCGGGGUCGAGUGCUCCGAUGGGAAUGUAGUCAUUCUAGACUUGAAAGAUCUUCGCCUUAUUGGGAGCUUGGGACCUGAAGUUGGGAAGCUCGGGUAUUUAAAAUCUUUAAUAUUGCGCAACAAUUCUUUCUCAGGAAGCAUUCCUAAAGAAAUCGGGGAAUUGAGGGAGCUUGAGGUGUUGGAUUUAGGAUACAAUAACUUUAGUGGACCAUUUCCACCUGGACUGGGCAAUAAUCUUUCCUUGACAACACUAGUACUCGACAACAAUGAAUUUCUUGGCAGCUUACCACCCGAGUUAUAUGAGGUUCAGAUGCUUUCUGAGUUUCAAGUUGAUGAGAAUCAGCUAAAUAAUAUUGCAGCUGUUAGUCCAUCCUAUAAAAACGGAGAUUUUCCACAGAAAACUGCCCAGCCAAGAGUUGUACCUCUCGGGAGGCGGCUGCAGCAGUUGGUAGAUCUCUCCAAGGCACACAAAUCUAACAGAAGAGCUUCCCGGCAGUCUGUUGGUGGACCACCAACAGUUGCAGCUAAUCAUCUCUCUUCCCCUUCAAUCUCACCUUCACCAUCACCAUUGUCUCCGUUUGUAUCUCCUUUGGGCUCACCAUUUUCGUCUCCAUCGCCAUCCCCCUCCAAUAACUUUCUGACUCCAUCUUCACCUUCACCUGCAUUAGCACCAACUCCAGCUUUAUCACUUCCAGUAGAUCAACCAGUAUAUAUCUCUGAACCACCACAAUCACACAGUGCCCCAACCGAUUCCCCUGCUUCAACUCCAAGCCAAAUAGCAGAUGAGAGGACUGAUUCAAAACAUCAUAUGGUUCUAAUUUUGAUUGCAACUAUAGGGGGUUCGUUGUUUGUUUUGGUUUCGGUCCUCGGCAUAUUCCUCUUUCGAAGCAGUAAGGUGGUUACUGUCAAACCUUGGGCCACAGGAUUGAGUGGGCAGCUGCAGAAGGCAUUUGUAACAGGUGUACCAAAGCUCAAGCGAUCAGAACUUGAAGCAGCUUGUGAGGAUUUCAGCAAUAUAAUUGGUACCUUCUCCGAUGGCACAGUUUACAAGGGAACUUUAUCAAGUGGGGUUGAAAUAGCCGUAACAUCAACUGCGGUUGCAUCUCGUGAAGAUUGGUCAAGGAAUUUAGAAACACAAUUUAGAAACAAGGUAGAUGCUUUGUCUAAAGUGAACCACAAGAAUUUUGUGAACCUCAUAGGCUAUUGCGAAGAAAAUGUGCGUUUCACAAGAAUGAUGGUUUUUGAGUAUGCUCCCAAUGGAACACUCUUUGAACAUCUACACAUACGAGAAGCCGAGCACUUGGACUGGGGAAUGCGACUAAGAAUAGCCAUGGGAAUAGCGUACUGCCUUGAGCACAUGCAUCAGCUAACUCCCCCUAUAGCACACCGAAACCUGCAGUCUUGCACAGUGUAUCUGACUGAAGACUAUGCUGCCAAAAUAUCUGAUUUCAGCUUCUUGACUAAUGCUACAGCUGCCAAGGUGGGAUCAGCUACCAUGGAGGUCUUAGAAUCUCAAACAGUAGAUGCAGAAAGCAACGUUUAUAGCUUCGGUGUAAUAUUGUUUGAAAUGAUAACUGGUAGGAUCCCAUAUUCGGUAGACAGUGGCUGUGUUGCAGACUGGGCCUCGGAUUACUUGAAAAAGGAUCAACACUUGAAAGAAACGGUAGAUCCAACUCUUAAAUCUUUCAAAGAAGAUGAGCUGGAGAGCUUGUUUGAAGUGAUCAAAACAUGUGUUAAUCUUGAUCCAAGAGAGAGACCAACAAUGAGAGAAAUUUCAGCCAAGUUAAAAGAGAUAACAGCAGUGGGACCUGAUGGUGCAACGCCAAAACUCUCUCCCCUUUGGUGGGCUGAGCUGGAAAUAUUGUCCACAGAAGCAAGUUGAUCAGUGAAGUUGAAACCUGAAUAAACUUAUUUUUUUCCCCUGCCUUUUUAUUAUUGUGUUGCUCCUAAGCAGUGGAGUGUCGGGUAGAGGUGCUUUCAAUAAUCCAAUGCCUUGUACGAUAAAUGAUUUUUCUUUUUUUGUAUAUAGUUGAGAGACGAAGCGUUGUGAGUAAACCUUGGCCUGUUUGCAUAAAUAUUCCUGUCAUUCGUUUUGCAUAAAUAAUGGUUGAUAAAUCAUAAAUGUAUGCAUUCGAGGAUAUUACCAGUUCAA